AUCUGCGCUUGCGUGUGUCACUAUUCCGUAUCAUUUGGUUAUAUUCGAUGCAUUGUAAACCUCUCCGAAAUUAUUGUCAUUACAUCGUGCCUUCAUAUUUGUGUUGUACCUUAUUAAAAUAGUUUGUAAUAGAUUGUAAUUAGACACCAUGAGUCUAGUUAGACAAAACUUUCAUAAGGACUGUGAGGAAGCCAUUAACAACCAAAUCAACUUGGAAUUGUUCGCGAGUUAUGUCUAUCUGUCUAUGGCAUAUUAUUUCGAUAGAAGUGACGUAGCUUUGCCAGGUCAUCACACAUAUUUCAAAAAAGCUUCAGAUGAAGAAAGAGAACAUGCCAUGAAAUUUAUGACGUAUCAAAACAAGAGAGGUGGCAGCAUCGUUUUGAAACCUAUCAAGAGCCCGCCAAAAGAUGAUUGGGAGAGUGCUCAUGAUGCUAUGACGGAAGCAUUGAAGCUAGAGAGGCAAGUCAACGAGAGUCUCCUUGAGAUGCACGCCUUAGCAUCGCAGCAUAACGACCCAAAUCUUUUAGAUUUUCUUGAAACCGAGUAUCUGAAAGAACAAGUAGAUUCUAUCAAUGAACUUGCCAACCAUAUAACAAAAUUAGAGAGAGUUGGUGUUGGUUUAGGAGUACAUAUCUUCGAUCAGGAACUUAAAGAAUAAAAUACUACUUUGAAAAAAUAGCAUUAUUAGUAAAAAAAAAUUAAAUAAAUGCAUGAUGAUGAAUAAAACAUUAUAAACAUUAUAUAAAAUAAGAAACAAAUAAUUUCUAUCGAUAAUUGAAAGAAUUUUUAUCGAUAAUAGCUAAGAAUAAAUACCUAUGAACUUAUAUGAUGUUGAAAAGCAUCUCUAAUUUCUGUGUCAAAUUACAAAUACUUCAGAGAAAUAUUAUAAAAAUUUUAAUUUUAUAUUUUUUUCGUAUCUUUUAAUAUGUCAAGAAAUCUGAUAAACAUGUAUUGCACAACACACUGCUAACCGUAAUAAAGCUUGAUAAUUGUCAAUA